AUUUAAUUGGCAUGAUCUGACGGCUGGGAAGAUGGCGCGAUGGACGGUCAGAUGGACGGUUACUGACCGUUACUGAUAGGUCGGUUACUGAUAGGAUCCGGACCCGGCGCUGUGGGAGAUUGUCGUUUUGGUAAAAUAAUUAUUUGUGAAUUCUGAUUGUGGAAUUGGGUUGGGUGAUAUUUCCGAAUGUAGAGUGGGCUGGGGUAGAGAAACGUUUUGGUUAAGUGGGCUUUGUUGCAACUUUUGGACUUAUUGUUGAUUUUGGGUUGGGCUUUUAAAACAGAUCAUGUAAUGAGCUGUUUUAAAUUGCCUUUGUCUCUGCUGAGGCGGUUGAAUGGUAUCAUUGCUCGUUUUUGGUGGGGCGCAGUUCAAGAACAACGGCGGCUUCAUUGGUUGGCUUGGCGGCAGUUAUGUGCACCUAAAGCUGAAGGAGGAUUAGGAUUCGGUGAUUUUCUUAUACAAGGAUUGAGAUGGCAGAUUGGAACUGAUGAGGAGGUUAGUGCAUUUCAUGAUUUAUGGUUGCCUACUUCACCUCCGUCUUGUCUGGUCCUUCGCCGGGGUUUUUUCCUUCUUUGGCUAGGGUCUCAGCUUUCAUUGAUCCUGCUACUCAUGAGUCAUGCCUGGAAUGUUGGUGCUCUGGAGGACCUUUUCGUUCCUGAUUCUGUCAAACAAAUCACUUCUAUUCCUUUGCCUUUCAAUGUGGUUCCUGAUGUACUGGUUUGGCAUUAUGAUUCAUCGGGCUCUUUCUCAGUCAAGACAUCUUAUCAUUUAGCAUUUUCUCAAUCCCCACCAACUCGUCUUCGUUAUCAAGUCCCUCCUGUUGGCUCAUGCCUUUGGAAUCGAUUAUGGUCCACUACUCUCCAGCCGAAGAUUAAAUUCUUUUUAUGGCAGCUUCUGCGUGGAAUUCUCCCCACUACAGAAGGUUUGGUUAGUAGGGGUCUUGAUAUCCCGGAUCUUUGUCCUGUUUGCAGGGAGGAGGGGGAGUCAAUUGAACAUCUCAUGUUCCGCUGUCCCCUUGCUCUUUUCCUUUGGGAUUCGGUUGGGUUGUUGCCUUAUUUGGAGUUAUGGGAUACUCGUUUCAUAACCACUUUCAUUAGUCAGUUGCUUUCCUUGCAGGAUCGUAGCGAUUCAAAAUACUUGGUCCUGUAGAUAACUUCUUUGCUUUGGCGGAUAUGGAAGAACAGAUGUACCGUGCAUUUCCAACAUUUUCAGUCGUUCCCUCAAGUAUUAGCUUUGCAAUGGGCUCAUCAAGUUCGGGAGGUGGAUGAGGCACUUCUUUCCAGUUUCCACUGAUGUUGUUGGUGCUGUUCCUACUUCCAUGCCGCCAUCUUGCGUUUCUUCUGUUUCCCUGUGGCCUCCUCCCGGGAUGGAAUAUGCUCACCGGAUUUUCUUUGAUGGUGCUACUGCUUCAGCGUUGGGAUCAAUUGGGGUUGUGGUCACGGAUGAUCAUGGGACAAUUCUGCAGGCCUUUGCUCGGCAGUAUCCGAAUACCACUGAUUCAUUAAUCAUUGAGGCGCUAGCUUUGCGGGAUGCAAUUAUGUUGUGUUCUCAACAGCAUUGGCGAAUGGGGGUGUUCCUUGGAGAUGCGAAGACCUUGAUUGAUCUUUGCAACAAUGGGGUCGUUCAAGAUGCAAGAAUUGGUGCGAUUUUGUUGGAGAUUAGACAUCUUCUUCGAUCUCAGGAUAGUUUCCAGGUCCGAUUUGUAGGACGUGAUCGAAAUAGGGCGGCUCACUUGGUAGCUCGUCAUGCUCUAUUAGUGUCGCCUUACUUGUUCUUGAGGACUUUACUCGUUGGCUAUGUUCUCGAUAACUUUGUACUCUUUGUUCCUCUUAAUUGAGUGACUUAAUGGGGAAAAAAAAACAUGCACGUAU